UCACACUUUCUCUAAAGCCUCAUGUGACUGCAGCAAGAGGACACCGGCCCAUAUUUCAAGUCAUACAUAGGGUGAUAAUGCUGCCACCACCUUCCACUUGUUACUGAACCAAGGAGUCCCCUGUCACUCAACCUUGCCACCUAGUGGAGCUCUGAAGGUUUAACUCCCUCCUGGUCAACAGAAAUCUUCCAGCCAACUACCUCCCUCAUCUGGGGAGAUGCCUACCCUGCAACACCCUCAGAUCCUAUUUAUUUUUUAUCUUCUGAAGACAACACAACACUAACCAGUUUUGCACAAUAUCAAACAUCGGUUGGUGAAGUAAUUAAAACCUCUUAUUCAAUUUCAAGUGUCUGCUGGAUCUUGCAGAAAGAGAAGCUGCCAAUUAGCAAGUCACAAAAGAACUGUUCUUUGACUGAUAUAUAUGUAAUAUACACCCAUGAUCCAUGGUUUCAGGCUAGAGUUAAUGGUGCCCAAGAGCAGGAGACAAGUCUCAUCCAACAAGAGACAAACUGAGCCACACAGGAGAAGCCACACCCCAAAAGAGACUGCACAAACAAGAGCAAAGCCAGAUGGAACUAUCAUCAUAUGGCACGACAUUUGCAACUACACCAACAACAACGCAGAAUGACACUCUGACAAGCCCGAGAGGCAAAUAUACCUCUCACAACUGGGAGUUCCUGGUGGCCGUCCUGGUCACAUCCAUCUCUCUCUCCAUUCUCGUCGCCCUUCUGGCUAAAUGCCAGGUGGUUCGGCGUUACCUGGCCAGCUACCGGCACACACGGCUGAGGGAGACAGACACUGUUAGCCACUGUGACCCAUCAGGCCUGGACGUGGAAUUUGCCAUGCACGGAGGACGUGGAAAUAACCCUCACUCAUUGCCUCCUGUGUGCGAGGAAGAUGACGACGGCUUCAUCGAGGACAACUACAUCCCGGCCAGUGAGAGAGCGAGGGCUGAAAGAGCAGCGGAGAUCAUGGAGGACACAGAGGAAGAGAUGGAUGAAAUCGAAUUUACCAUCGCUUAAUACGACGGCUGUGUAAACUCCCUUAGCCACCAAUUCCACUCCACUCCUUUCUUUUGAGGAAGAUUUGUAUUGUCCAUCACAAAAUGGGUAGUUGGUAAACAUUGGUUAAGUUUAGGAAAGCAUAAAAAUGUAAAUACCAGCACACAGGAUGACUUAAUGCAAGGUGAAUUAUCAUGGCAGUUUCUUAAUGUGCAAUCCAUCCAUAGAGUAUCCAUAAAAGCCCUCAUAAAAGAGCAUUUCAGAAUAUACUACUUACUGUAGGACAGUGAAUAUAAGUAAUAUUCAUAAUGCCUUGUUUGUCAGUAAAUUGGCAUUAACAGAGAUUAAAAGGUAUUUUGUAAAUAUGAACAUUAACUAACCACCUAUGUAUCUGUUGACAGUUUUUGGCUAGACUGAUUGGUUAGUUAAUUUGACAGCACAGAUUGUGCACAAUAUAUACGUACAAUUUAGACAGUAGUGCUUUAGUUUGCUUUGUUUUAUGAGUGAGCAGCGAGCAUGAGAGUAUACUGUAAUAUCACCGAUGACUAAGUUGGCCUUUAAUUAAAAGCCUAUUCAACGGCUCACAUUUUAAAGACAGCUCUGAGUUUUCAGACAGAUCAGUAGCUUUAUGAGAGGAAAGCAAAUUUAAAUGUAUAUCUUGUGUUGUUACACCAUCACUGUACAUUGUGAUUUUUCAGAGGUUACUUUCAAGGACUUCUUAAGCCUUUUACAGAUUUUCUAAUGUCCUCAGAAAAGGUACAACUGCUGCUAUGUAUAAAAAGUAGGCCAGCUCAAUUAUAGUAACAGCAUUAGCCUACUUGUAAUUACUUACUUCCUACUUAACUGCUAUCUUUAGAAUAGUAACAAUGGAGGUUUUUCACAGCGGCAAUUUUAACAUGAAACAGUAGGGUAAACACAGGCGUUAUGAUACUAAUUAGGGUUCUCUUCCAUUCACAACAGAGUCAGGAUGUUGCUACUAUGAAAAUUGGCUCACUGGAAAGGCUCUGCUAUACUAAAUGGAAUGGGGCCUUAAUUAGUAACAUAGGUAACACCUGAGUUUAUCCUACUAUUUCAUGUCAAAAUGGCUGCUGUGAAAAAGGUCUACAGACUUGGGGCUGUGCAUGAACCCUGACUACUUUAAUGCAAACUCUGUAAAAAUUAUAAACAGUGUGAACUGAGUAAAAAUAAAAAU